AUGACAAAACUGGAUAAUCUGCAAGAAGAUACGACGGUAAUCAAAUUAAAAGAACCAGAAGAGUCAGAUGAGGAUUAUCUAAGUGCGUACAGUAUAAAAAAACAGCUACAAGACAUCAUUCAGAAGAUUCCCGACGUAAACGUAACACUUACAGUCAUUGGUCGCACCAAAUCAUAUCUAGACAUCGUUCUACUGAAGAUCACAAAAGCUAAAGACGCAUACUUUAAAGCUAACGAGAAGUAUGUUGAUGAGAAGCCAGAAAAGAAAAUAAUCUUUAUCGUCCACGGUUUGAGCGUGAUGGGUAUACAGACGCUACCAUGCCUGUCAACGGCUACAUCAUUUUUAAAGCUUUUGGAAUAUUAUCUUCAAUAUUUGGAUAUCUUUGACAUAUUUUUAAUACCUAUGGCAAAUCCGGAUGGCUACGCCAAGAGCAAGGUACCCACAUCUGUUUGGAACAAAAACGCAGCACCGCAAACCGAUUGCAUAGGAGUUGCUUUAGACCGCAAUUUUGAUGUCGCUUGGAGUAAUAACAGUACAAUCAGUUCCUGCAACCAAGAGUAUCCUGGUCAAAUGUCUUUUUCCGAAGAGGAAUCUCAAGCUAUACGUGAUAUAUUUCACAAGUAUAAUCACAAAAUAGCUGCUUAUUUGAACGUACAUGCUGGGACUUAUGGAUCAGAAACGUUUAAGGGUGACGCAGUAUUAUACCCCCACGGUUAUACGGAUGCUAUAACUGACGAAGACAAGUUCAUAGACUUGAAAGGAGAAAUUGACGAGGCAAUUAGAAACGCAAGUUUUCAAGUAUACUCAGUUACUGUGGAUACACUGUACAAUUGGUAUGGAAGGGUCAACGGAGCAAGCGUGGAUUAUGCUUCUACGAUAUAUGGCAUUCCUUUCGCUUUGGAACUAGUGAUGCAGCCAUAUGACGAUGAAGAUGUAUCUGGCGAUAACGUCACUUUCUCGGAUAGCGCUCUCACUCAGGUGUGGGGUAGAAUCAUUGACGUCAUAUUCAAAUUCGUAUCGAAGAGUUUUGAAAAAGACAACGAGACCCGUUAA